AUGGUGAGUGUACCGACAGUGGAAGCUCAAGUUUUUCUUCCUUGCAAAACAACAAAAGAUUGUGAGUACCUUCAUUGCUCGAGUGGGACAGGUCAAUGCAUAAAGAGUCAAUGCCAAUGUAGCGGCUCAUUGACUCGUAAACAUAAAAUCGACAACUUAAAACCAACAAAAUAUGCUCAGACGUGCAAGGUGACGAGUGAUUGCGAUCCUAGUAUGAAACCUUCUUGUGUCUCGGGAUCUGCAGAAGCGGACGAUACGUUUGGUAGCCUCCAGAUUGUUAACCACCUCAACGCCCAUCAUAUUUGCAGUUGCAACUAA